GAGUUAUGAAUGAUUUACUAUAUAUUAGAUGGCAUAUUGUAAAACGAUGCUAAGCCGCAGUUUAAGAGAUGGAAUAGUAAAAGUAAUCUUCAUUCAUAAAAAGUUUUACCUGUCGUGAUUUUAAUUUGCAGCAAUUAAAACCAUUUUAAGGGCUGGCUGUUGUUGAUAGUCAGGUCAACCGCGGAUAUUCAACUUCAGCGAUUCAAAUGCCAUUCAUCAUCUGCUUUAAACAUUUGUCAUAGCCAGUUUCCAAAAUAUGAUUUAGUACUCAACAAUACAAAUAUCUUUUUUAUUUUGGCGACAACUAAUAAAGACACUUGAUGAAAAAAUGCAAUACUUUUUUGAAAACUUCAUUUAUUUAAACUAACUUAAUUUAAGAAUAUUAAAUUACUUCAUCAUUAAGUUCCAAGAACGCAAUUUAGGCCUUUAAGAGAACAAAAUCUUAUCUAAAUUUGAUACCGGUCACAGCAAACUUUAAGAAAGCAGUAAAGUUUUCUUUCCAACUUAAAUUUAUUUCUCAUUUAUCUAUGAGAAAAUUUUAAAACCGCAUCUCAAAUUAAAAAAAAACAAUAUUUAAAUAUGGAAAAUAAUUUCCAAAUGGUUGUCAACCGAUCACUGAGUGAUGGCAUUGUAACAAUAGCCAAUGGGCGAUCGAGUUCGGUGACUCAUGCGAGUACAAGCAGUGUUCACGUUACUGCAUCCCCAUUGGCCCACGACAUAUCCACCCGCUCGUUGGCCAAUCAAAUUCAACAUAUGAACAUUCUGGACUGCAAAUUCGCAAACACCAAUAACCAUAAGCAUUUGAUCACAGGUCAAUACCAGCCUGCGUCAAGUUCUCGUCACCAGUUUCGGGAGAACCCACAACUCCAAAAAUACCAAAAAUAUCCUCCUCGUCUUUUGCAGUCUUCAGUUUCAAACCCAGGUCGAACAUUCCACGAGGAUCACCAGAUGAUGAAGACCAGAGAUCAAAUGGCACUUUUGGGUCUCAUUCCUGCAAUUAACCCUCAGCCCAAACUGACACCUCCGGGGAAUAUCAUGGCAGCUCAUCCCGUAUCUCCGGUCAACUCCAAUCAGCACUACUCCAACCCAGGCCAGUGGAACCCAGCGAUGAUCAACCCGUUCCACGCUUCCCAAACGUCCCCAACUCUGUUCUCGGCUGUCGUCGCGAACCAUGGGAAGCACCCGAACGCCUGGGGAGUCGCAAGCAUGUCUGACUCAUCAUCACCAGGGGGAAGCUCGAUGGGAAGUUAUCCUAUCUCGCCCGUGCUUCAAAACAGUCCAGUGUCUCCCCCUACAAGUAGUCCAGUCUUCGAUGCUAACGUCUACCUGCACCAUAUCAACAACCAGAGUAAACCGAGGUCAAUGGUCAGCGGAAGAACUUGCUCACCUAUCAGGCCGAAGAGCUUGGAACAGAAAUCUGUUCUAAAUGGAGUCCAAAAUGAGCAGCAGAUCUUGGCUCAGGAGGAGUACCAAGAUUUCGAGGAAAGCCAAAAUGGAUCAAGGCCUAAAUCGGAAUCUGAGAAAGAAAAGGUCUGGAAGCAAAAACCAGAGAGGUACAAGACUGAACUUUGCCGAGCAUAUGAGGAUCAUAACUGGUGCAAGUACGGAAGCCGAUGCCAGUUUGCACAUGGACAAACCGAGUUGAGACAGGUUGAAAAGCACCCCAAAUUCAAAACGCAACUGUGUAAUGCGUAUCAUUCCACUGGGUACUGUAAGUACGGAUCCAGGUGUCAUUUUGUUCACAACGUCGAGGAAAGUAGAGUCCCGAACCCCCAGAUUGCGAGUCCUAACUCGGGUAUGAGUCGUCAGAACUCAGAGGACCAACCACAACCAGACAUGCAACAAAAGGUACCCGAGAUGCCUAGGAAGAACAUGAAUAAAGUUGAACAGCGUUUGAUGCAGCCGAAAGGGACUUCGGUGGAAAUCAGUGUCGAAAUGCCGCAUAUUCCCGACGGUUAUAUUGAAGCUAAGGAAAAUAUGAAACAAAGAGAGAUCCAGGGACCGGUGACUCCAAUUGGAACCCCCAUCAAGUCCGAUUUAAGUCCGUAUGACAUCACGAAAGAGCAUUUCAUUGGAUCCAGUUUUCUGAAUAAGCAAACUCUGGCAUCGAUUUGGCAUCAUCCAGAAAGUUCGUCUCCCUGCGGAUUCAACAGCAACAACAACGCUGUCUUCAGUUUCCUCCCGAAGAACUUGCUCGAGCUGUGAUUGGCUGAUAGUACAAAACACCUGACCAAUGGGAAGCAAGUCUCCACUCCACAUAUCAAGCAUCUUCAUUUUGACUUACUACUCUGAACUUAUUUUCGAACUUAAUACGUCUUAUAUAAAAAUACAUUUUCAUCAAUUUGUAAACAUAUUUCAGUUCAUUAAUUAAAACUAAGUAGAAACGAAUUCCAUUAUCAAUUAGUGCCUUAAUCAAAUGAUGCUCCGUGCAUUAAUAAACAGUAACCCAAGUCUGGUAACUUUAUAUAGCAUACCUACUUUUGCAACUACUUAACCAAAUAUCCGAAACUAAUUUUGGCAGACGCCAAAUUUUUAUUCAUUUAUUAAUUGUGAUACUUCGAUACUUGUUAUGUUCCCAAGCUCUUUAGUAUGUUUUGUAAAAUUUCCAUUCAAUCCGCGUUCAUUUAUGAUUUAUUUAACAGUUUCAUUAUCCCGGAGAAUGUCGCUCAAAUGAUAAUAAACAUCUUCUCACUUAGGUGCUCACUUAAAUAAAUAUAUCCAAAAUUUCAAUUAAUUUAUUUCGUGCACAAAACAGUAAAUUAUACGCUUAAAAGUAUCAGUGAUGUUGAUAUUGCAUAAAUCUUCACUUUUUGAGCCUCGUACCAAUUUUGAAACUGAAAAAGUAUCUGUAGAAUUAUCAAAAAUGGCUCAAAAAUUGAUAUUUUUCAAAUCUUUUUGUUCAUAUUUGCAAAACUGCCAUCCAAUUCAAAAAACAGCAGCCGCUCGGCAACUGAAGUGUUCGCCUAUUGGUCGUUUUUUUCUUGGAAACUUGUUUAAUUCAAUCAUGUUCAGCCGCAAGCUCUUGUCGUAUUUAUUAUGUUGACAAGCUACACCGGUGUAUUAUGUGUCUGUAUGUUAGCUACGGAGAGUCGUUUUAAAUUAUUGUAAAGAUAGACUGUAAAUAUAUUUUUACGCUUAA